ACCCCCUCGCUGUGCGCACACACCUCCUGUGUCACCUUGGGGGUCUCUCAGGUCAGUCGGUGACAAGAUGGCAGCGGCGAGCGGCAAGGAGAGGACCUCCCCCAAAGCCAUCAAGUUCCUGUUCGGGGGGCUGGCCGGGAUGGGCGCCACCGUGUUCGUCCAGCCGCUGGACCUGGUGAAGAACCGCAUGCAGCUGAGCGGAGAGGGCGCCAAGACCCGGGAGUACAAGACCAGCUUCCACGCCGUGGGCAGCAUCCUGAGGAACGAGGGGCUGGGGGGCAUCUACACCGGGUUGUCCGCCGGUUUGCUGCGUCAGGCGACCUACACGACCACACGUCUCGGUAUUUAUACCAUUCUCUUUGAAAAACUGACAAAGGCGGACGGCACUCCGCCCAACUUCCUCAUGAAGGCGGCUAUCGGGAUGUCUGCCGGGGCCACGGGGGCCUUUGUGGGGACCCCUGCUGAGGUCGCGCUGAUCAGGAUGACAGCAGAUGGGAGGUUACCUCCAGACCAGAGGAGAGGGUACAGCAACGUCUUCAAUGCCCUGGUCAGGAUGUCCCGGGAGGAGGGCAUCACCACGCUGUGGAGGGGAUGCGUACCAACAAUGGCGCGGGCCGUAGUCGUCAACGCCGCCCAGCUGGCAUCUUAUUCCCAGUCCAAGCAGUUUCUUCUGGAUUCUGGGUAUUUCCGGGAUGGCAUUCUGUGCCACUUCUGUGCCAGUAUGAUCAGCGGACUGGUCACCACAGCCGCCUCAAUGCCUGUGGACAUCGCCAAAACCAGGAUACAGAACAUGCGAACGAUUGAUGGGAAAGCGGAGUAUAAGAAUGGACUGGACGUUCUCAUUAAAGUUGUCAGAUACGAGGGAUUCUUCAGCCUCUGGAAGGGCUUCACCCCGUACUACGCCCGGCUGGGGCCCCACACCGUCUUGACUUUUAUCUUCCUGGAGCAAAUGAACAAAUACUACAAGAAAUUCUUCCUGAGCGGAUGAUGGGAGUGCAUCGGGACCUGCUUUCUCCAACCUGCAGCCAAAGCUGUCGCCCAAUCCCACCCCCCUGGUCCCCCGCACCCACUGUCCAGCCGGGAGCAACACUUACCGCCCCCAAAUCAUCAUUAGGUGCAGGGUAUGGUGGGGGGUCAACCAGUGCAUAUGCAUUUAAAGGGCACUUCCACCCAAGUCUUAUACAUACGUAGAUGGGGGUCUCCACACCAAAGUAGAAAAAUAAUCCCCUUCUUCAUCCUUUUUAUGGACCGCGAUGCUUUGCCGUCAGUACCAAAUACAAACCUCUCCUGGCCUGGGCGGGGCUUCCUCUCAGGAUUUUAAGCCCCUCCCCUUCAGGGGAUUGUGCAAUAUGAGUCCUGUUUCUGGGUGGAAUUGCCCUUUAAGCGCCUCACUUUAAUUUAUUGGUUUGUAAAGGAAAUGGCUUUUUUGGAAGAAAAAAAAAAAACUUGCAAAUUUAUUUUUUUGUAUUAUUGCUUACCCCCCCCCCCCCCCCCCUCAUGGAUGCUUAUUUAUAUUAGAGAAUAUUUGGGGUAGCCAGGAUCUGGAACGUCCCGACUCCGUAGUUUAGUUUUUGGUUCAUUUUUGGGUUUUCCGUUGCUUUAAGAGGCUGGAUGAGGACUAUAACUCCCAGCAGACUCCUUUUACAGAUUAUGGGUAUUACUUAUCAUGAAAACACUAAGUGCAAUCGAUCAACUCAUCAGGGAUUGGGUAGAGCGCUUUAUUUGGGGGUCAGGGGAGGAGCCAUAGUUCUUGGGGGGGCGGCGAACCCCCCAUCUCCGUUUUUUUUUUGUAGACACUAAUAGUUGGAGGGUUUUCUGCUUUGUUUGUGGCGGUGACUGGUGCCGCCACGCCCCAUAGUGAUCGCAUGGUGAGUGGUGAAAUAGCGCCACCUAUGAGGAAAGUGUCACGCCCCAUCUUUGAGACUUACAGCAGCUGUUUUUGUGGGCGGGGCCUGCAAACCUGAGGUAUGAGGUGCUAGGAGCCUCGGGCUUGCAGGCGCUUAAAAAAAAAAUGGCUGCUUCUAGGAUAACAUGAACAAAACGGCUGUAGACCGCGAUCUCCUAAGCGGGAUCGGUCGCUGAGCUUGUAUUUAUUCCGAGGUGUAAAUAUACGCGCCCCAUCCAUAGAGAGAUAUCCGUAUGUCGCGUCG